UCUCUCAUUUAUCCCAUGUACUGUUUUUUAUUUCUUUUAUAGAAAUUUUUUACAUAAAGCAACAAAACAAAGCGGUGACAAUUGAACUCCCUAGUCAGUCCCUAUAUAUACAACACUUUGGUUUUGUUAUUCUACUUCAGAUUAAGACAAAACAAAUUAAUUAAAGAGUGAAUAUGGCGAAGAGUAAGGUUCUUGUGGUUGGUGGAACUGGGUAUAUUGGGCGGAGGAUUGUGCAGGCAAGCUUAGCUCAGGGGCAUGAAACCUAUGUCCUUCAACGCCCGGAGAUUGGGCUUGACAUUGAAAAGCUGCAGAUGCUACUGUCAUUCAAGAAGCAAGGGGCUCACCUUAUCGAAGGCUCGUUUAAUGAUCAUAAAAGCUUGGUAGAGGCUAUUAAGCAAGUUGAUGUUGUUAUUUCCACCAUGUCUGGCGUGCAUUUCCGCAGUCAUAACCUUUUGUUGCAGCUCAAGCUUGUGGAGGCCAUCAAAGAAGCUGGGAAUGUUAAGCGUUUCUUGCCUUCAGAGUUUGGUAUGGAUCCAGCGCGGAUGGGGCAUGCACUUGAACCUGGAAGAGUAACAUUUUAUGAAAAAAUGGUUGUGAGAAAAGCUAUAGAAGAUGCCAACAUCCCCUUCACCUAUGUGGUUGCCAACUGCUUUGCUGGUUACUUUGUCGGUAACCUUUCUCAGCUUGAAAGGCUCACUCCUCCUAAACACCAAGUUUAUCUCUAUGGGGACGGAAAUGUUAAAGUGGUUUUUAUGGACGAAGACGAUAUUGCAACAUACACGAUUAAAGCAAUAGAUGAUCCCAGAACAUUGAACAAAACUUUGUACAUAAGGCCUCCAGAGAACAUUCUCACGCAAUCACAGCUAAUCCAGAACUGGGAGAAGCUUACUGAGAAGAAACUAGACAAAAUAAGCAUUUCUGCGCAAGAUUUCCUGGCCUCCAUGAAAGGGAUGGACUUUGCAGGGCAGGUAGGAGUGGGCCAUUUCUAUCAUAUUUUCUACGAGGGCUGCUUAACAAACUUUGAAAUAGGGGAACAAGGUGAAGAAGCUUCAAAGCUUUAUCCCGAGGUGGAUUACAUCCGCAUGGAUGAAUACCUGAAAAUUUAUACAUAAUAAUAAAUGUAACUUGCAGUACGAAUUUUACCUGAUCAAGCAAACAAAAUCAUAUAUGGCUAUCAAAGCUAAUUAUGCAUGGACUGUACUCCAAUAUUAUUCUCCUAAAAUUUUAGACGUCUACCUUAUGUAGGAAGUGACUCCAACUCCUGUUUUGGUGGUCGUUGUACAUGAUUUCCCUUUUUAAUUGCAUCAAUAUAUGUUAAUA